AUGGUAUACAAACCUAUCUUUCUAGGGAUAUCUCUAGGAAUCAAUACAAAAAAACCAUCUCUUGAUCUUUCCAUCUCAAUAAAUGAUGGACUAUUCACAUUAGGAGAAAAGACGUAUUCCUUCGUGAUAGUUAAUAGCACAGCAGAAGGAAUGCGCUCUCCCAUGAUAUCUCCACAGGUAGCCCCCUUCCCAGAGAAAAAUGACGCCUUAGAGAUGGAUGAGAUUAGAGGUCUGUACAUAAACAUUGAGAAACAAAUCAGUCUACCAGCAUACUUUAGCACAGUAAUUGAUAAAAGUGCCCGCAGUGCCCCAAAGUACGGACUGGAGGAAGAAGAGUCUUUGGACUGUGAAGUCUGUUCAGCAGACACUAACGAGCCCAUAUCAGAACAGUCAAUUCCAAUUAGAUGUGCUAGGUUUGCCUCUAGAUCUCCUCCAAUCAUCCGUGCAGGUGAAGAUGUGAUUGAGUGCAAAAUGCCAGAAGACUACCUUCCAAUUGAUAUAUUUAAGGGAGAAGUGGCUUCUGGUCUAAUUAAUAUUUUGAUAAUCACAUUAGACAAAUGGCUGGGAGAGUACACGAGAGAGAAUGCAGUGAAAAUAGUAGGACUUGGUGUGGCAUCAAAUAUAUUGAAUUUAAGUGAGCUAGGGGACAAACUAAAGUCAAUCCUUUGGAAUAAGUAUGAUAUUCUGCCUUGUUUCUUCCCAAGUGACUGUGCUUCAUUGAAGAGUCAGUCUGAGUUCCUUGCAAGAAAAUGUGCGUCUUUGUUUCCAAAUAAUAACCUGACAGUUCUCACAAUUGGAGAGCACAAUAAGGUGGUUGUUGACUCUGGGUACAUUUGGUACUGCGCAGUAGAGCACUACAGGCCAUCCAUAGGCGAAAAAAGUUAUGAGUUCAUGGUUGACCUUUUGAAAGAAUCCAGAGCCAUGGCAGACGAGAAGCAAAAAAUAACAUUUUUCAGCUCGACAGCACAAGGAGGCGGAGUGGCUCUAAUGAGGCAUUCUUUGGUUCGGUACCUGCAAAUAAUCAAUGUUGAUGUGGCGUGGCAUGUGUGCACUCCAAGUACUUCUGUCUUUAACAUAACAAAAAUGAAGGUGCACAAUGUUUUGCAGAAUGCAUUCAAUAACAGCAUACAGACAAAAGGCGAAUUAGAGGCAAAUUUACAAGAAGGUGAAGAAAGUGUAUGGUUAAGUGAGGAUGACAAGGCAAAGAUAGAUGGGUGGAUAGAAUCAAACUAUACCCAGCACUGGAAGGAAAGAAUUCAGGAGAGUACAGUUGUAGUACUAGAUGAUCAUCAGGUCUCUAGACUUGCAAAAGUCAUAAAGAAAGAUGCACCAAAUGUCUUGAUAAUCUACAGAUCGCAUAUUCAGAUACGAACUGACCUUAUAGGAAAGAGCACAGAUCCAAAUAAUCUCACUGCAAUGGAUAAUCUUUGGCAAUUUCUGUGGGAGAGUCUUACGCACGCAGAUUACUUUGUAAGUCAUCCAUUUGAAGAGACAGUCCCAAAAGAUGUUCCUGCGCAUAAAGUGAUAUUUCAGCCUGCUGGAACAAAUCAGCUUGAUGGACUGAAUAAGCCACUUGGUCUUCUUGCAAAGACAUACUACCAACGGCUUUUUAAUGACAUAUGCACAAGAAAUGGCGAGAACACAGUUGACUUUAACAGGAAAUAUAUUGUGCAGGUUGCCAGGUUUGACCCAUCAAAGGGCAUUAAUGAUCUUCUUGAUGCGUACUAUGGCUUGUUCUGCAUGCACAGGAAGGCCUUCCCAGAAAAAGAGUUUGACAUUGGGCUGGUGUUUUGUGGGCACGGGAGUGUUGAUGACCCGGAGGCUGUGGUUAUUUUUCAUGCUCUUUCAAAGAGGCUUGAGUCAGAGAAGUUCCAGGAGAUUAGGCAUCUUAUCACAAAGAUUUCUCUUCCUCCGGUUGACCAGCUGCUUAAUGUGAUUCUGCGGAAUGCAUAUGUUGCAUGCCAGCUCAGCACAGCAGAAGGAUUUGAAGUGAAAGUGACAGAGUCUCUGAUGAAGCAGGUGCCUGUUGUCGUCUACAACGUAGGAGGGCUUCCUUUGCAGGUACGGGAUGGCGUGAAUGGGUAUAUCAUAGAGAAGGGAAAUAUUGCAGAAGUGUCUUCUAGGCUGUUUCAGCUUCUAACAGAUGAGAAGCACUAUAAACACAUCAAAGAAGGAAUAAAUCCAAAGGACUUCAUAGGAAUUACCACUCCAUUCCAGGCCCUCUUCUGGCUCAAGAUGAGCAAUAGAAGUAUUACUCCAAAGUCACAGCGAUACUAUAAGGACUUUGCUGAGAAGUAUCUGAAGUAA